AUGUCAUCAACGAUGAUGGCAAAGAAUACAACUAGUGCAUUGUGGGAGAUGAUCAAGAAGGUAUCGGAGAGGGCCACUCAAAUAGGUGCCAUCGAGAAGAUCGAGUCCUCUCCAAUGUUUAUCCAAGAGAAUGGUGUCAAUUUCAUGAUCAGUGUGGCUAAGGCGCUGGCACAUAGACCAUUCAACUUUGACAAGACACCUGCACAUGGAACAGACUCAGAGGUGAAGGUCACGAUGAAGAAGGAGUUUGUAGACCCAUUCCUACCAUGUGACAAGGAUCUGUUUGUGUGCGAGUUGGCAGGCACUCACAACUUGGUACUCAACAAGUUCAAUGUGUCCAACUACCACACAAUCAUUGCCACCAAGGACUUCCAAGCCCAAACCGAUCCAAUCACUCAUCAAGACUUUACUGCAAUGUAA